ACUAGAUUGCGAACUUCAAUUUUAUUUCCUUCUUGAUUGCCCAUUUCAUUCUCUCUAUACGUAUUCUUACCAUUUAAAAAAAAAAAAAGGGGGCCAAAGAAAAUGAAUGUGUUUUCUCCUGCAGCGAGGGAGUUUUGGAAUGUUUGGGAACUGAGAGUAUUGGUUGUAUUAAGCCUCGUCUUGCAGAUAGUAUUAACAGUCUUGGGAAACCGUAGAAAGUAUAGUCACAAAAGGUGGCUCAACUUUGUCCUUUGGUCAGCCUACUUAAUGGCGGACUCUGUCGUGUCUGUGGCACUCGGCAUCAUCUCAACCAAGAUUGGAAAAAUGCCAGCCACCAGGCGUUCUCUUGAUCCUGACAUCCAGUUGAUUGCGUUCAGAGCACCGUUUCUUUUGCUUCACUUAGGCGGCCCUGAUACCAUAACAGCUUACUCCCUUGAAGAUAAUGAGUUGUGGCUGAGGCACAUGCUCUGGCUGAUCGUCCAGACGGCCGUUGCAUUCAACAUCCUUCUACUGGUAUGGAUAAGCUCCACUCUCUCUUAUCUGUCCUUGCUAAUGAUCAUUGUCGGAUUUUGCAAGUAUGCGGAGAGGAUCUGCGUUCUUCAGUCAGCCAGUAGCAACAAUUUUCGGAAAUCCUUGCUGACUUCCCCUGAUCCUGGGCCUCCUUACCACAAGUUCGUGGAGGAGUACCAUUUCAAGCAGGCGGAAGGGUACAAUGUGCUCAUUGAUGAUAUCACCGAGCCUACAAUUUCCGAAGUCCCUACUAGACGUGGACGUCGCCUUUGGCCUAGGGAAGAAAUUGAUGAAAUUCGUCAAGCUCACAUCUUAUUCCCAAUAUUCAAGCGUCUCUUCGUCGACCUUAUACUCAGUUUCCGUGACCGCGACAACAGCCGCUCUGUCAUUAGCGAUGCUCGCAGUGAAGAGGCUUUUCAGCUUAUCGAGAUCGAGCUUGGAUUCCUCUAUGACCUGCUCUACACAAAAGCAAAGGCAAUUUAUACUCCUUUGGGAUUGGUCAGGCGUUUCAUCAGCUUUUCCCUAGUCUGUGUUUCCUUCUUUGUCUUCAUUUUCGUGGUAUGGCAGCAUCAUCCCACAACGAGUGAAGUUGCAGUGUCUUUCUUACUAAUCUCAUCAGCGAUUUUCCUUGAGAUUUAUGCUGCUUUAGUUCUCAUUUCAUCGGACGAGACUGAUGCUUGGUUGAGCAAUAGAAAAAUAGGGUGUGUUGAGGAAAUCAUCACUUCUCUUAGUUUGGAAAAAGAGCCGAGAUGGUCAAGAAGUACUCCUCAGUUGAGUCUCCUAAGCUUCUUCAUCAAAGAAAAACCCUUGAUCUUUCCUAAACUCCAUAAGUUCUUGGGUUUGGAUCAAAUGUUGGAGAUGUGCUUUUAUGAGACCCACAAAGAAGUAGAAGAAGAUUUGAAAGGAUUCAUCUUCAAAUCUCUCAAGGAACGACAAGGUCAAUUGGGAGAUCUACACAGCCACUGGGGAAAUUUUCAGCUUGGUGACCUUGAUUGGAGUGCAUUGAAAUGGAGCAUUGAGGUGGAUUUCAACCAAAGCAUCCUCAUUUGGCACAUUGCUACGGAACUCUGUUACUAUUCUACGAGAAUGGUUAAGGAAGAAAGCAGGAACAAAACAAGGGUGGAAAUCGGAAAACAGAUUUCGAGUUAUAUGGUGUAUUUGUUGCUCGUAUAUCCUUUCAUGUUGCCAAUGGGGAUUGGGGAGAUCGUGUUUCACGAUACGUAUGCUGAGGCAUCAAAGUUCUUUGAUGAGAGAGGAAGUAGUGGAUUAUCAAGGAAACAGCGGUUGUUAGAAAAUACCCGGCGUAGGAAAUUGAAUGCUGCUAACAUGUUGUUGGAGUUAAAGACAGAUAUUCAACCGAAAAAAGUUAAAGGGGACAGAAGCAAAUCUGUGCUGUUUGAUGCUUGUAGGCUGGCGUGUUCGUUGAGAGAGUUCAAGGACAAAGAAGCAAAAUGGAAGAUGAUUAAUGGGAUUUGGAUGGGGACAUUGACAUAUGCAGCAAGUCAGUGCAGAGGAAUCCACCAUGCUAAGCAGCUGAGGCGAGGCGGUGAGCUUCUCACUCAUGUUUGGCUUAUGAUGGCUCAUUUUGGCAUUACCAACCACUUUCAGAUAUCACAAGGCCAUGCGAGGGCUAAGCUCACCCUACUAUGAAUUCAUUUCCAAAGAAGAAGAAUCUUCCCCUGACUUCUUCUUCAAUGGAAUCUUAGGAAACAAACUUGUUUUUUUUUUUUUCCUAAUAUGACUAAUGAUAAGUUAUAUAAGAAAAGAUAUAUCUUUCC